AUGGAAGAUCCCCUUCAACAGAGAAACAAGACUCUGAACAGAGUCAUCAACCAGGUCUCCCAAGAAGUCUAUGGAGUCAACCAGCAGAGUUUGGAGUUUCUUCGUGAUCCGUUUGGUCAGGAGCAUCAGACACACCUGAAGUCGACAUUUCUGAUACUUCAAGAUAAAUUGGUCAGGUUUGUAACAAAUGAGCUGCAGAGUAUCCAGAAGAGUCUUCUUACAAAUGGACCAGAAUACUCUGAGAAUCCAAGUGAGGAUGAAGAGCAGAGGAGGACCUGCACAGAGGCCUUCCUGAAGAUCACUGUGAUCUUCUUGAGGAACAUGAACCAGGAUGAGCUGGCUGACUGUCUGCAGAAAAGAGGUUGUGCUGAGGUUUGUCAGCGUAGACUCAAAUUUAAUCUGAACCACAGGGUUGAACGUGUGUUUGAGGGGAUCUCUAAAGCAGGAAAGACGACUCUUCUGAAUGAGAUCUACACAGAGCUCUACAUCACAGAGGGCGAGGAUUCAGAAGUCAACGAGGAACAUGAGGUCAGACAGAUUGAAACAGUUUCCAGGAAGACAGACACACCACAAACAACAAUCACAUGUGAAGACAUCUUUAAAGCCUCAGCUGACACACAGCCACCAAUCAGGACACUGCUGACAAAGGGCGUGGCCGGCAUCAGGAAAACAGUCUUAACACAGAAGUUCACUCUGGACUGGGCUGAAGGCAAAGCCAACCAGAACUUCCACUUCAUAUUUCCAUUUACUUUCAGAGAGCUGAAUGUGCUGAAGGAGAAGAAGUUCAGCUUGGUGGAACUUGUUCAUCUCUUCUUUCCUGAAACCAAAGAAGCAGGGAUCUGCAGCUUUCAGGACUUCCUGGUCUUGUUCAUCUUUGAUGGUCUGGAUGAGUGUCGCCUCUCUCUGGACUUCUACAGAACUGACAUUGUAACUGAUGUCACAGAGUCAAGCUCAGUGGAUGUUCUGCUGACUAACCUCAUCAGGAGGAACCUGUUUCCCUCUGCUCGCCUCUGGAUCACCACACGACCUGCAGCAGCCAGUCAGAUCCCCCCUGAGUGUGUGGACAUGGUGACUGAGGUCAGAGGCUUCACUGACCCUCAGAAGGAGGAGUACUUCAGGAAGAGAUUCAGAGAUGAGGAGCAGUCUAGAAGAAUCAUCUCCCACAUGAAGGCAUCACAAAGCCUCCACAUCAUGUGUCACAUCCCAGUCCUCUGCUGGAUCACUGCUACAGUUCUGGAGGACAUGUUGGAAUCCAAAGAAAGAUCAGAGCUGCCCACUACCCUGACUGAGAUGUACAUCUACUUCCUGUUGGUUCAGUCCAAAGUGAAAAAGGUCAAGUAUGAUGGAGGAACUCAAGCAGAUCCACUCUGGAUUCCACAGAACAGGGAGAUGAUUGUGUCUCUGGGAAAACUAGCUUUUGAGCAGCUCCAGAAAGGGAACCUGAUCUUCUAUGAAGGGGACCUAACAGAGUGUGGCAUUGAUAGCAGAACAGCGUCGGUGUACUCAGGAGUGCUCACACUCUUCAAAGAGGAGAGAGGCCUGUACCAGGACAAGGUGUUCUGCUUCAUCCAUCUGAGUGUUCAGGAGUUUCUGGCUGCUCUUUUUGUCCAACUGACCUUCAUGGAGUCUGGAAGGAAUGUCACAUCAGAAAAUCAAACAUGUAAAAGGUUUAAGGUACAUACAGUGAAAACCAAGCCAAAACAUCUGUAUCAGAAUGCUGUAGACAAGGCCUUGCAGAGUCCAAAUGGACACCUGGACUUGUUCCUGCGCUUCCUCUUGGGGCUUUCCCUGCAGACCAGUCAGACUCUUCUACGAGGUCUGACACAGACGGCCAACAUGUCAGAGAUCAAUCAGAAAACAGCUGAGUACAUCAAGAAGAAGCUCAGUGAGAAUCUUUCUGCAGAGAGAAUCAUCAGUAUGUUCCACUGUCUGAAUGAACUCUUUAGAUCUUUAGUGGAUCAAAUCCAACAGUACCUGAGUUCAGGAAAGCUCUGUGAGAAAGCUCUGUCAGCUGCUCAGUGGUCAGCUCUGGCCUUCAUCUUACUGUCAUCACAAUCCGAAAUUGAUGUUUUCAACCUGAAGCAGUACUGUGCUUCAGAGGAGGCUCUUCUGGGACUCCUGCCAGUGAUCAAAGCAUCUAAAAAAGCUCUGCUGAGUAUGUGUAACCUGUCAAAGAAAAGCUGUAAGGCUCUGUCAGCAGUUCUGAGCUCUCAGUCCUCUAGUCUGAGAGAACUGGACCUGAGUAAUAAUGAGCUGCGGGAUUCAGGCAUGAAGCUGCUGUCUGCUGGACUGGGGAGUCCACAUUGUCAACUGGAAAGUCUCAGGCUGUCAGGCUGUCUGAUCACACAUGAAGGCUGUGCUUCUCUGGCCUCAGUGCUGAUCUCCAACCCAUCCCACCUCAGAAAGCUGGACCUGAGCCACAACCAUCCAGGAGACUCGCUGAAGCUGCUGUCUGCUAGACUGGAGGACCCACACUGUAUCCUGAAUACCCUCAGGGUUGAUCCUGGUGGGGUGCAGUGGUUGAAACAAGGUCUACAGAAGUAUUUCUGUCAACUCACACUGGAUCCAAACACAGCAAACAGAAAACUCAGACUCUCUGACAACAACACAAAGGUGACAUAUGUGAGAGAACAUCAAUCUUAUCCAGAUCACCCCAGCAGAUUUGACCUUUGGCCUCAGCUGCUAUGUACAACUGGUCUGAGUGGUCACUGUUACUGGGAGGUCAAAUGGACGGGAAAUGUUCGCAUAGCAGUGACUGCCAGAGGAAUCACAAGGAAAGGAAACACUGUGGAUUGUGGGUUUGGAUGUAAUGCCCAGUCCUGGUGUCUGGACUGCUCUGAUGAGUGUGAAUACACUGUGCGACACAAUAACACACAAGUGUCCCUCUGUUGGCCGUCCACUCGCAGAGUCUCAGUGUACGUGGACUGUGUUGCUGGCAUGCUGUCCUUCGAUGAAGUCGCCUUUGACACUCUGGUCCACCUUUACACCUUCUCAUGCACAUUCACUGAACCUCCGUAUGCUGCCUUUGGGUUUGGGUUCUGUCCGGGUUCUUCACUGUCCCUGUGUCCACUGCAGGACAGAAAGUCCACACAAAUAUUCCCCAGUCUGGAGAUGUUCCCACACAGUAAAUCAUGAGCAUUUAUGUUUUUAUGAG